AUGGCCAAGAUGAAGAUGAGAACACAAGAUCCAGGGAGUAAAGAGCUGAGUGAUUUGAUUCUUCCAAAUGUACACAUUUUAGAAGUUGAAGCAACAUCAAUAGCAGCAGAAGCAGGGCAGAAAAUGGUGGUGCGAAUCCUUACUAAUUUCAGCUCUGUGGAUAUUAAAAUGGGACCCAGAACAAAGAAGAAAGCUUUCCCUAUAGUUGCAGCUUUCCGAAGAGCAUCUCUGCCAUUAUGGAUGAUUGCCCUUAUUGUGUUUGGAGUGGUGGCAGUCUUGGGAGUUACAAUCGGUCUCCUUGUUCAUUUUCUAGCAGUUGAAAAUAAAACCUACUACUAUCAAGGGAAUUUUAAAGUAAAAGGUAUUCCAUAUAAUAGCAAUUAUGAAAAAGAGACUUCUGAAGAAACUGCAGCUCUGAGCAAAAUGAUUGAGACUUGGAUGAUUGAUGAAUUUCAAGCUUCUAGCAUACACAAUCAUUAUAUCAACUCUCAAGUCAUCAAAUUGUCCCCAAGCUCUGAUGGUGUGACAGUAGAUAUUUGGCUCAUGUUUAAGUCUCCCCUGGGAAAGAAAGCUAAUAUAAGAAGAAAAAUUGGAAGUAUCUUAUAUCAUGUGCUAAAGAAUAACACUGCAUCCUUAACUUCAGAUCCCUCUUCUCUUAAGCUCACAGAAAUCAGUAAAGUCCAUGCUGAAAAUACAGUCAACAAAUGCUGUGGAAGGAGAGCAAAAAUGUCGUCUGCAUAUGACAGAAUUAAAGGAGGAUCUGCAGCUCAGGAAGGGGAAUGGCCAUGGCAAGCUAGCCUCAAGGUCAAUGACAGACACUAUUGUGGGGCAACUUUGAUUAGCAACAGAUGGCUGGUGACUGCAGCUCAUUGCUUUAAAGAGCACAAAAAUAUAUCAGAAUGGACUGUCAGCUUUGGAACUGUGGUAAAACCUCCCUACAUGAAGAACAGAAUAAAAGAUUUUAUUGUUCAUGAAAAAUACAACCCACGUGCCCAUCAUGAUGACAUAGCUGUUGUGCUUCUUGCUGAACCAGUCCCUUUCACAAACAAUGUGCACCGGGUUUGUCUUCCAGAAGUUACCCAGAACUUUUCACCAGGUUCUGAUGUUGUUGUGACAGGAUGGGGAGCUCUUUCAAAAGAUGGUAUAUGUUUCAACAAUAAUUUGUAUUUUCACAUCUGGGAUAAAAUUCAAUUUAAUUGAAUUUAACAAACAUUUAUAUUGUUCAUAGAGUCAACAUACUUUCCUAGCUUUGGGGGAUACACAGAUAAAUAACAAUACAGCCCCUAUUCUCAAGACACUUAGGAGCUGACAGGGAAAACCUCUGGGCCCACAUGUGAGAAAACCAAAGUUCUCUACUAUGCUCCAAUCCCCAGGGAAGAACAAUCCCAGAGCAUCUCUAGUUGACUGAUGUAGAUAAUGUUGUCCCUAAGAAAUCCAAAUGGUCCUGAAACCUUCCAGGUCAACAAUCUAGGACCUGAAUCACUAUUCUGCAGUCUGAUUAAGGUGGGCUUGAGUCUAGUUAAAUUUCCUUCUCCAACCCCCUCCCCAAUAAUUAAUCAUGAUUUCUCUCUCUGUGCCUGUCUGCCUCUGUUUCUAUCUUUUCCUCCUCUCCUUCUUCCUUCCUUCCCUCCC